AUGGUGCAUAGCAGCAAGUACGACCUGCUUAUCAAGCUCCUCUUGAUCGGAGACAGCGGCGUGGGAAAGAGUUGCGUGCUUUUGCGCUACUCCGACGACUCGUUCACGACCUCAUUCAUCACCACUAUCGGUAUCGACUUUAAGGUGAAGACCAUUGAUGUGGAUGGCAAGCGGAUAAAGCUGCAGAUCUGGGAUACUGCGGGCCAGGAGCGCUUCCGGACCAUCACCACUGCAUAUUAUCGCGGCGCUAUGGGGAUUCUGCUGGUAUACGACGUGACAGACGAUCACUCCUUUCAGAACAUUCGCAACUGGAUGACACAAAUUCGACAAAAUGCGUCGUCUAAUGUCAACAAAAUUCUGAUUGGCAACAAGUGCGAUGUGGAUCCGUCGGAAAGAGCGGUGACAACGAAGCAGGGUCAGGAUUUGGCAGACGAGUUCGGGAUCAAGUUCUUCGAGACGAGCGCCAAGAGCAACCACAACAUUGACGAGGCCUUCCGCUCGAUCGCAGUGGAUAUCCAGAAGCGACUGGCCGAGAGCGAGCACGAUAGAUUAGAUGUGGCAAACGGCAGCAAGUUCCGAGUGGACGAGUCACAGGACCAGGCGAAAGACGGCUGUUGCGCGUAA